AUGGUUUGCCAAUCGUUUUUUUUUGUGCUGGACUAUUUUUCGGGUAUUUGUAAUUUGUUUAAUGUUUGGUUGGAUAUAAAAUGUGAGUAUUAUUAUUUAAUUGAAUCGAACUUUGACCAAUCAACCAUGACUUUCAACAAGUUGUGUCAUUCUUUCAUUGUAUUAAUUCUUAUUAUUCUGAACCUGGUACCAUCUUGUGCUUUAAGAUUAUUAUCCACACAGCCAAA